GCGUGUUCUUCUAUUGUUGAGUUACAAUUUUGUAGAUAUAGACUGUUUGUUAGUUAUUUAGGAAGAUGGAUGUUGGAGAUGUACAGAAUAAUAGAGCACGUGUACCCGAUGAAGUUGGAAUCAAAUGUCAAAAAUUGUUUCAAGAUUUCUUAGAAGAAUUUAAAGAAGAUGGUGUUGUAAAAUAUCUUGAACCAGCCAAAGAACUUAUAAGUCCAGAACAUAGUACGUUAGAAGUAACUUUUGACGAUGUAGAUGAAUAUAAUCAAGUACUUUCUACCACUAUUGUUGAAGAAUAUUACAGAGUUUAUCCAUAUUUGUGCCAAGCAGUCUGUAAUUUUGUCAAAGAUGUUGCAGAAUUAAGGAAGGAAAAAGAAUGUUAUGUAAGCUUUGUAGAAGUGCCAACUAGACAAAAAUUAAGGGAAUUAAAUUCUUCAAAAUUAGGCACUUUAAUACGUAUAUCUGGUCAAGUGAUAAGAACACAUCCGGUUCACCCAGAAUUAAUAUUGGGAACAUUUAUUUGUAUGGAUUGUAAUGCUGUCAUAAAAAAUGUGGAACAACAAUUUAAGUUCUCAAAUCCCACAAUUUGUCAGAAUCCAGUAUGCAGUAAUAGGAGACGUUUUAUGUUAGAUGUAGAUAAUUCUAUAUUUGUUGAUUUUCAAAAAAUCAGAGUGCAGGAAACACAAGCAGAACUUCCUAAGGGCUGUAUUCCACGUUCUUUGGAAAUAAUUUUACGAGCUGAAACUGUAGAGACUAUUCAAGCUGGUGAUAGAUAUGAUUUUACAGGAACAAUAAUCGUGGUACCAGAUGUAGCAGUCCUUUCCCUUCCUGGUGUAAAAGCUGAUCUUAAAUCGAGGCGUCAAAAACCUACAGAACAAGGAGAAGGUGUAACUGGACUAAAAGCUUUAGGAACACGUGAAUUAACAUACAAAACAGCAUUUCUGGCUUGUAGUGUUGCUGCAACAAGUUUCAGAUUUGGUGGUACCGAAACAAAUAUGGAAGAAAUUUCUCAGGAAAUGAUGAAAAAACGAAUGUCAGAAGCAGAAUGGAACCGUAUAUAUGAAAUGAGCCGGGAUAAAAAUCUAUAUCAAAAUCUUGUUAAUAGUUUAUUUUCUUCGAUACACGGUAGCGAUGAAGUUAAGAAAGGAAUUACUUUAAUGUUAUUUGGUGGUGUUCCAAAAACAACAUUAGAGGGUACUUCCUUACGUGGUGAUAUAAAUUGUUGUCUUGUUGGUGAUCCUAGUACAGCGAAAUCUCAAUUCUUAAAGAGUGUUGCUGAAAUUACACCAAGAGCAAUUUAUACUUCGGGAAAAGCAUCUUCUGCAGCUGGAUUAACUGCCGCUGUAGUAAGAGACGAAGAAUCACCGGAUUUUGUUAUUGAAGCUGGUGCCUUAAUGCUUGCUGAUCAAGGUAUUUGUUGCAUUGAUGAAUUUGAUAAAAUGGACCCCAGGGAUCAAGUAUCUAUACACGAAGCUAUGGAACAACAGACAAUUUCAUUAGCUAAGGCUGGGGUAAGAGCAACAUUAAACGCGCGAACAUCAAUAUUAGCAGCGGCAAAUCCCGUAGGUGGACGAUACGAUAGGAAAAAAUCUUUACAACAAAAUGUUCAAUUAACGGCUCCUAUUAUGUCCCGAUUUGAUUUAUUCUUCAUUAUAGUUGACGAAUGCAAUGAAAUCGUUGAUAAUGCAAUCGCUAAAAGAAUUAUUGAUUUACACUGUGACAAUUGGCAAGAUUUUGAAACAGCAUAUUCACAGCAAGAGAUCGUUAGAUACAUAAAUUUUGCUAAACAUUUUAAACCUAUAUUAAGUCAGGAAGCUGCAGAAUUUUUAGUUGAUAGUUAUACAGCAGUUAGACAAAGAACCGGUAGUAGUUCCGGUAAAUGGAGAGUUACAGUUAGACAGUUAGAAAGUCUCAUUAGAUUAUCAGAAGCUAUGGCUAAAUUAGAAUGCUCAGAUGAAGUUACAGUAAAACAUGUUAAAGAAGCAAAACGUUUAUUGAGUAAAAGUAUCGUUACUGUGGAACAGCCGGAUAUAGAUUUAGAAGAAGCCGAAGAUGGAAAUAUGGAUGUCGAUAUGGAUGAUGCUCCACCUCUUAUGGCUGCUCUUAAUGCUUUGGGCAAUGAUAAAGAAACAGAAACUCCUACAGGAACGCAAGAGGCACAAAAAAAGAAACUUACAAUGUCUUUUGAAGAAUACAAGAAUUUAUCUAAUAUGUUGGUGUUAUAUAUGAGGAAUGAAGAAACUCGUGCUGAAACCGAUGAUAGUGAAGAUAAUAAAGGUGGCUUAAGAAAAUCGGAACUAGUAGCAUGGUACCUCGAUCAAAUACAAGAUCAAAUAGAUUCGGAAGAAGAGUUAUUGGAAAGAAAAAAUUUUAUUGAAAAAAUUAUUGAGAGGUUGACCUAUCAUGAUCAAAUCAUAAUACCUUUAACUACUACAGAUCUAAGAGGCAGAGAUAAAGGAGAUGAUGAUGAUAAUGAUGAUCCUUUGCUCGUUGUGCAUCCCAAUUAUAUUAUUGAUAUUUAA